AUGUCGCUUCUUAUUUUAAUUUUAAUUUUUGUUUCCUGCGACUCACUCAGUAUAGGAGUUCCGAGAAAUGUUAAAAGAGAUGUUGAAAAUAAUUUUAAUCCUGAGUGGGCGCAGUUGAAGAAUACGGAAGGAGGUGAAUUAAAAGAAUUGAUUCAAGUGAGAGCUAAGCCGAAGAAGAGGCUGGCUCUACCAGUGAAUUUUAUUCUCAGGGCAGUCGCUGAGCCAGAAGGCGACGAUUAUUAUGAUAAGGGCCAAGGAGAAAGUGAUAAUGAAGAUUAUUACGAGAAGAGGGAGUGGUCGGACUUACAUAGACCCGUUCAAGCAGUAGAUGCAAACACCCCUCUAAAUCCUGCUAAUCUAUCGGAUAUAGAUGGAAUAAUAAAUAUCAUUACAAAACCCGUUGAAAACCCUAUUGAGAAAAAUUCCAGGAAUAAAAAAGGUAAAACCAAAAAAGGUAAGGUUAAAAAUAAAGAUAAGAUAAAGCGUGAGUAUGGUGAAGAUAUAUCUGAUGACGAUUUAUCUGACAAUGAAAAAGAUAGUGAGGAAGGUAAGAAAGGUGAACCUAAAACAAAAAAACAGAAACAACAUAGGUAUGAAGAUGAUAUUGAUUAUGAAGACAGUAUAUCUGAAAAACAAAAACCUGAUACAAUCAAGGAAGACGAACAACGAGAAAACGAAGCGAAAAAGAUAAAAAUACUCCAAAGUGUCGACGAACUUAAGGAAAAGCAUGCGCAGGAACAACGAGCUAUAUCAGAGAAGGCCAAAGAAGAGGAAAUACAUAAAGAAGAAAUUGAAAGAGAUAGAAUAAAAGCUCACCCAAACAUUGGUAAAUAUGAUCAUAUUGGAUCCAAAUGGAAGAAAGUAACUACAGAUUAUAAUGAUGAAUAUGAAGAUCAAGAGCCAGAACUCAAAGAUAAGUACAAAAUAAAUCACUGGAAGUCAGUAUCUGUAGAGCCAACUGCAAAGGCCAAACCCAAGAAAGUUAAAACUGUUACAGGUAAAUUGUCUGUCUUUAGAAACCCACAUUUAUACAUGAUUAAUGACGAUGAAGAUGAAAUUACGACUACAGCAACAAGGACCUCUACUAAAACUAUUAAAUUAACUACGUCCAAGCCCAAAAUAUAUUCAUCAAAAUACUCUGCUCCUCCAGAAGAAGAUAAUGUGAGAAUAUCACUUGUACCUGAGGAUGAGUCUAAAGAAGGGGAACCGACUUUGUUUUUUCCGAAAGUGAAAAAUAUACGGAAGUCAGGGAUAAAGACUACUAACGCUCCAGAUACAUUUACAAGUGACGAUAGAAAUAUUAGUUUGACUACUAGUUUUGAUACCACGGCACCAUCAACGUCAUCUACUCUCACGUCACCAUCAGCUCAGGAUGCUGAUUCUUCAGCCUCUCAAAGUCUAGGGUCAACAGCCUUCACAUCAGUCCCGACAGAAAUAGACACCGGUCCUUCAGCAACAGAGCAGGACCUCAAGUCAUCACCCUCGGAUGAAAUGGCGAAAAAAGAAGCUGUAAAGAACCAAAACUAUGAUGUUGAAUCAGGAAAAGGGAAAGAACAUCAUUCAAAACACGAGGAAAGUCAUGAAGAGCACGGGAGAAAGGCCUAUGAGGGAGUUCAUAAAGAAAUCAAAACAAAUAAGGGACACCACGACGAGAAAGACCAUUUGGACAAAUACGACGAUCACGGGGAGAUUGAAAAGAAGCACCACGAUGAGAAGAAGCAUUAUGGCUCCCACCACCACGAAGAAACGGGCAAAAAACAUGCGAAGUACGAAGAAUCAGGUAAGCAUUCGAAAGGCCACAGCACGAAGGGCAGCCACGACAUCCACAAGAAAGACGAAUAUGAAAAGAAAGUCGAAUUCUUUGAAGAAGAAGGUGAUGCCUUCGAAGAUGAAGUCGACGGCGGCCACCACAAAGAGAGGGAACGUGCAUCGGGUGGUCACUACAAGAAGGGCUACCGUCAAGCGGGAUAUUCCGGCCGUGAGAAGGGAGAUAGGGGCCACUUCUCAAAAGGAGCUCACGGUUACCACGACAAGGGCCAUCGUCAGUCUUCAGGUCGAGACUCCCACGGCGGUCAGGGUGGUGCCCACCACAAGUCAAGUGGUGUGGACGGUGGCAGAAAAUGGAUCUACCACCACGGCCAUCCAGCCAAAACAGCGAACUUGGUGGUCAUAGACAGGAGAGCUGACUCUUAUCAGCAUGGACCACAGUAUUAUGGAUAG